GAUAACGAGCUGUACAGAAUAACAUAGAUACCAACCGGGAGAUACCAUAGACGACGAAGACGCCGAAAUUUGCUGAAAAACAACAACAACAACAUAAGUUUUCAAGGCGGUUUUUAAUAAAAUUGAAAUAACUUUGAAGCAGCAACAUUUUAGACAAUAUGGACGAAAAAUCCAUGUUCUUAGCUUGGAAGCUGUGCUCCUAGAAGGGAAGAAGGCGUCCAACGUGGACAUACAACUGAUGUUAGAGACCUCCCAGCGAUGCCAGAGCCGCAUACAACAGCUGGCUGCGGUUGAAAAGAACUUACAACAUAAGGCCUUGUUUGAGCAGCUGCAGGCCAAUGUCCAGAGCCACGUGUCCAUCCUGCUGGCCAAGAUAGAUCAGCUGGACAAGCCCCCUAGUGACCCAAGCACUGACCAGCAGGUGCCCUCCGUCGCUAGCAGCCCAUGCAAGUCUUCCAAUGGGAUCGAAGACCGCGUUCCUGAAUCUACUGGGAAGAAAGAUCCACAGCGCAGAGCAGCUAUUGAAGAGACAAUUGUGAAGAAGGGAGGUCUCACCUUCCAAGACAUAGCAGGACUGCAUGAUGCCAAGGAGACGCUCACGGAGGCUAUUAUCAUGCCAUUACAGUUCCCACAGCUCUUCACAGGCUGCAUCAAGCCUUGGAAGCGAAUCUUGCUGUAUGGACCACCAGGCACAGGCAAGAGUAGGGUGGCAGAGGCGAUAUCCGCAGAGAUCAACUCCACUUUCUACUGCGUGUCCAGCUCUGAUCUAGUCUCUAGUUGGGUGGGAGAGAGCGAGAAACUGAUCAAGGAGCUCUUCCAGCAUGCCAACAGCCAGCCCGAGGGCCGCUCCGUGAUCUUCAUAGACGAGAUCGACAGUAUCUGUCGCCAGCGCAGCCUGCGCGAGGAGGAGCACACACGCCGCAUGAAGACCGAGCUUCUAAAGCAGAUGGAAGGGGCGGACAACUCAAGUUCCAGCGAGAAAAUCUUCCUGCUCUGUGCGACCAACUGCCCUUGGGAGCUGGAUUCAGCUUUCCUCAGACGGUUUCAGAAAAGGAUUUACAUUCCAUUGCCUGACAGAGAUGCCAGGAUUUCCCUUAUCAAGAUCCACACUCGAGACAACAACCUGCAACUGACGGACAAGGAAUGGUGCUACCUUGCUGACAGCACUGACGGCUACUCCGGCAGUGACAUUGCCAACAUGACCUUGGGGGCACUGUUUGGACCCAUACGGGACCUCCGCAUGGCGCAAUACUGGUGUCAAACUGCUGAGGGCCAUCUCACACCGUGCACUCCAGAUACACCAGGAGCCCUGAACUCUCGUAUGAUUGACCUACCACCAGAUAAGAUCCAACCUCGCCAAGUUCAAAUAGGUGACUUCAUCAAAUCUCUCCAGACGCACAGACGGACAGUCACCGAGGGAGACCUUGUAAAGUUCAAGGAAUUCACAGAGGACUUUGGAGAAAAUGGAUGAUUACAAGUGUUUAUGAAACAACAGAUAUUUAAAUGUUUAUGUUCACCUGUUGUUAACAUAAAAAUCAAAGAAAAUAUUGCAUAAGAAAUAUAUUUGGUUUUCUUUCAAAAUUUGUAUUUUAUGAUCAAUGAUGUAAAAUAAAGGUUGAUGAAAUUUUUUUAAUUUAUAAACGUAAAGAAACUGUCAUAAGUGCAACCAGUUGUUAAAAAAAUGUUUUCUAACUUUGAAAAAGCAUUUUAUGUUGCUGUUAAAAACUUUGCUGGUGUUUGUACUUUUUAUUAUACAACUGCAAGGUUGAAUAAGGAAAAUUUGAAACAUUUUUUUGUUGAACUAAUGUGAUCAUUACAUUGAGGAAUACAUUUAAAGAUAAGAAAUUAAUUUGUUGAUUUGUAUGUCCCCUCACAAUGUCUUUCUGUAUGUAUGUCUAAGCCAUAGCUUGGCCGUAUUUUGAUGGAUUUUGAAACUACUUGGCAUAAAUGUCUAACCUCAUAAGACAACACGUCUGAUGUAAAAUCCGUGUCCUUUCCUCAAAGGUCAAGUCACACUUAGAGAUCAAAGGUCAAAUUCGGCUGUAACUGCUUGAAAAUUCCUGUCUCUGCCAUAAUUUGCCAAAAAGGGACGAAUUUUGCCAAAAAGAGACGGAUUUUAAAAACAUUUGUCGCCUAAGUCCACCAUCAUAAGACUACGUGUCACAUGUAACAGUCACAUCUGUCUUCCUCAUUGGUAAAUGUAGUACUUUUUUACGCACUUCUGUAUAAAAUAUUUAAACAGUUAUAGAUAUAAUACCCACAAAAAAUAAUUGGCUAAUUAAUUGCAAAUCAUUCUUGACAUAUUAGGAAGUUGUGUGUGCAAUAUUUUACUGCUCUGUAUGAAGGCAUUACCAUGAUUACCUUACAGGAUGUCUUUAUUUAUUGCAUCCAAGUACACCAGGUGGCGACUUUAACCAUAAACGUCAUCUAUUCUCGGGGUACAGUCAUAAUAAAUUUCCUUGUCAUCUGUUAUUGUUCUCUUAAUGCAAAAUGUCUCAAAUGGUUACAUUUAUUUAUGAUACAAAGUUUGAUACCCAAUGUUCAGAAAUACGCUGUAUACAUACAUCAUACAUCUUAGAUAACAAUUAUUUGUAUUGUGUUUCUUUCAAUUACUUUUAAAACCUGUGCCUAUUUGUUAUCAAAUUUAACAAUGUUUAGAAUAAACCAUGGAUAAGGUGGAGCACAUUUUCUCUUCUUUACUGGGAUAAUCAUGGCUGAAAAAUCUUCAAGGGACGUGUUCACAGAUUUUGGAACGUUUUGAAUUUUGUAAUAAGAAGCUAUACAUUUAUAAAUGUAAACAUCCAAACUAAAAAGCUCCUGUGUAAAACAAGAAAAAAAUUGGGCUCGAACCACCGACCCUUUGAGUUAAAGUCUAAUUCUUAAACCACUCGACCACCCGUGCUGAUACACAUCUAGUGAAAUUUUUUUACUUUAUAUACACAAUCCAGGUAGUUUCACGAAAUGUUACGCUAACAACAGAACUUUCCAAAUUAUUCAAUUGUUUAUCAUUUGUAGCGCUGAAUCAUUUUCAGGUUUUUAAAUUGUCAAAAGAUGGAUAUAACAGAUAUUUAAGAGCAUGAUUACUGUUCAGUAUUAUUGUUUCCUUGCAAAUAACAUAACUAUAACAAAAAAAAAAUGCUAAUCUGAAACCAUUUUUUUUUAAUUUGUCAAUUUACCAAACUGUUAACAGGUCCCUUUUAAAGUCUACAUUACCAAUUGAUGUGCCUUGCGGGAUAUUGCUAAUUAUAAAUGUACUGAGAACUAUCAAAUCUAUGUUCAUUAAAACAACCAUGUUAAGCUUUAAACCAUGGAUUUUUUAACAGAUGGAUGUGCAGUAAUACAAUAAGGGGCCCAUGAGCCCUUGGUCUCUUACAUUUGAGGCUUGGUCCCUUACAAUAGAGCAUUGGUCCCUAACAUGGAGUCUUGGCCCCUAACAUUUGAGCAUUGGUCCCUUACAUUUGAGCCUUGGUCCCUUAUAUUUAAGCUUUUGUCCCUUACAUUUGAGCCUUGCUUGGUUCCUUACAAUAGAGGAUUAGUCCCUUACAUUUGAGCCUUGGUCCCUUACAUUUGAGCCUUGGCCCCUUACAUUUGAGCUUUUGUCCCUUACAUUUGAGCCUUGAUUACUUACAUUUGAGCUUUUGUCCCUUACAUUUGAGCUUUGCUUGGUCCCUUACAAUAGUGGAUUAGUCCCUUACAUUUGAGCCUUGGUCCCUUACAUUCGAGCCUUGGCCCCUUACAUUUGAGCUUUUGUCCCUUACAUUUGAGCCUUGGUUCCUUACAUUUGAGCUUUUGUCCCUAACAUUUGAGCCUUGGCCCCUUACAUUUGAGUCUUGGUCCCUUACAUUUGAGCAUUGGUCCCUUACAUUUGAGCUUUUGUCCCUUACAUUUGAGCCUUACUUGGUCCCUUACAAUAGAGUAUUGGUCCCUUACAUUUGAGCCUUGGUCCCUUACAUUUAAGCUUUUGUCCCUUACAUUUGAGUAUUGGUCCCUAACAUUGGAGCCUUGGCCCCUUACAUUUUAGCCUUGGCCCCUUAUAUUUGAGUAUUGGUCCCUUGAGCCUUGGCCCCUUACAUUUGAGCCUUGGUUCCUUACAUUUGUUCAUUGGUCCCUUACAUUUGAGCUUAGGUCACUUGCAUUUGAGCCUUGGUCCCUUACUAGUUUUUGUCCUUUACAUUUGAGCCUUGGUCCCAUACAUUUAAGCCUUGGUCCCUUACAUUUGAGCAUUGAUCCCUUACAUUUGAGCAUUGGUCCCUUAUAUUGAGCUUUUGUUCCUUACAUUUUAGCCUUGCUUUGUCCUUGCAAUAGAGGAUUGGUCCCUUACAUUUGAGUAUUGGUCCCUUACAUUUGAGCCUUGGUCCCUUACAUUUUAGCCUUGGGUCCUGACAUUUGAGCUUCCGUCCCUUACAUUUGAGCCUUGGUCCCUAACACUUGAGCCUUUGUCCCUUACAUUUUAGCUUUUGUCUCGUACAUUUAAGCCUUGGUCCCUUACACUUGAGUCUUGGUCCCUUACAUUUGAGCUUUUGUCUCGUACAUUUAAGCCUUGGUCCCUUACACUUGAGUCUUGGUCCCUUACAUUUGAGCCUUUGUCUCGUACAUUUAAGCCUUGUUCUGGGAAAACUGGGCUUAAUGCAAGUGUCGUCCAUGAUUAGACAGCAGUCUGCAUGCUGAUCAAGGAUAACACCUUCUGCAAACACUGGAUUUUUGUUUACAAGAUAUCUUUAAAAAUAGAUAUCCCAGAAUAAGGCUUGUUUGCUUUGGAUUCCUAGAUUUUUAGAGAGAACUCACGUCUUCUACACAAGAAAAAUACUGAGAGAUAAUGAAUGUGCAGCUGUGGUUAAAAUGUAAGUUUAUAUCCCCAAUGUGUUGUGUUAUUAAAAGUCAAAAGAUCAGAGGUAAAAAUAUGUGAAUAAUUUCCCAGAUGUGUUAAGCCAAUAAUUUCUGCUUGUACUCUUGCAUUUCGAUACUUCAUGAAUGCAGGUCAUUUUACCAGUUCUGAGUUAAAGUAGAAAGUGUUACAAUGGGCCUAUUUAAUAACCUUCCAAAUAAAAGUCAAUUUAUGCUAUUAUGUUGCAAGGUUAAAGAUUUUUUGUUUCGCUAUUGCCAACAGUAUGUCAGUACUGUCACAGCUGUUGAAUAACCUACUCAAACUUUUCUAAGGUUAGACCCAAGUACACAAACUAAUGCCAGAAACUGACAACUGCCAUUUUGCAUCACAUAUAGGGGAAAAUGGACUUUCACCAGCCGGUAAUCAUACCACCAAUUUGUUGUACAGCCCUUUACCAACGGAGUUUGUAAGCUAGUUUAAGUUUGAAAAGGUGUUUUCGUGACUCAGAUCUGAUCACAUAUGUACACAUUGUUUCAGUUACAGCAAAUAAAAAUGUGUGUUGAUUUU